AUGAAGAUGAUGGGUGGAAAGGAGGUCUAUCACAAGUGCUACUGUAUCCUUCAAGAAGCAUUUGCCGUGGUCACUCUUUAUGACAAGCUCCCACAACAAAGGGGGCCGAUGUGGCUCAUGGAACGAAUGCCAUUUCCUAUGUCAACUCCCAAAGGGAUUCCUUUGUCCAUCAAGAUUGUGAAUGAACUCUCUGACACCGCUGUCACCAAUGACGACACCGUGGCUUUGUUCCAGGCCAGCUUCUCCAUACUCAAUGCGCAUUUGGAAUGUACAUUGAAAGAAUCAAACGUAGCACUACUGAGGAUGCAUCAACUUAUGAGCAAGAGGAUUUCCAUGCAAGAACUUCAUUCUGAGAACUAUCUUGAACCCUUCUGCAAGCUCUCCGGACUGUGCGUUUGUAACUCUCUUAUUCCUGACGCAACACUCGUUGACAAGAAGGUGCUGCUUCGAUUCAUUGUGUCGUGCCCUCCAGCACUGUUCAGAGGACGUGGCAGAGCAGAUUCAAUGUUUGCCAUUCCAUGA